AUGCAGCUUGGUGCAAUCUCAACAGGCGGGUUGCUGCAGCUCUACGUCGUACACGGACCCCAGGCCGUCUCGCCCACCGCCAUGUACCGAGGCGUGCAACCGCGACCUGUGCCGUGCCCGCUAGGCAUGUACCGCCAGCCCGGCAAUGGCCUGUCGCUCACCGAGUGCCAGCUGUGCCCGCGCGGCGUCUACGGCAAGCUGCCGGGGCUCGAGUCCAGCGCCUGCAGUGGGCCGUGUCCCAAAGGCACUUACCAGGACAGGCUGGGCGCCACGUCCAUCGACGACUGCACGCCGUGUCCCAAGGGCACGUACGGGGCCACCGCCGGCUUGACGACGCGGGCGUGCACGGCGCCGUGUCCGUACGGCACGUACAGCAUGACCGAGGGCCUCACCGCCGCGUCGAGCUGCACCCCGUGCGAACCCGACUACCGAGGCCCCAACGGCCACCGCGGCAACAACGUCAACAGUGCCAACGCCGGCGGCUACGUCUGCGACCGGUACUAUACGGACGUCAAUCGCAAGAAGAUCGCGACCGGCAAAGACGCUGCGCGCAAGAAGCAACGGCUCGCGCAGUACGAAUGA